GAAAAAGAAAAAAAAAAGGAAAACAGAGAAAACCAGCAAUGAGCAACCUUUCCCGCCAAGUGCCAACCACAUACUUUAAUCCCGUACCAUAGAUAGAUACGGUUCUCCGAAAUCCACGGCGAAGCAAUUCCAUCCUCAGAAACCGCUCAUAAUCAUAUGAUCUCCAAAAUCCCCGUCCUUCUCCUUCCUCAAGGUCGGACCUUUCUCCGACAAUGGCGGAUUCACGACCUGCUCCGCCAUUGCCGAGACCUCCUCAUCGCACCCAAUCCACGCGAACGCGCCACGUCUGCUUCUCCGACCUCCCUCCCAAGCACAACCGACCAACCCUCCCACUCCACAACGGCAAGAACUGCCGUCCCUUCUGCCUCUCCCUCUGCGCCUGGGCCUGCCUCUCCAUCUUCGCCCUCGUCCUCCUCGUCCUCCUCGUCGGCAUCCUCUUCGCCUCCUUUCUUCACACCGCUCUGCCGGAUAUCGCCGUUCGCGGCCUCAAAUUCGCCAGGCUCGAGGUCCAGAACCCUAAGUCCGGAAAGCUAACCGGUUCGAUUAACGCGAAUCUCGAACUUCUCGUCGAGUUCUCGAACCAGAACGAGAAAAUCGCGGUCUCAUUCGGUCGAUUGGAGGUCGAAGCGUCGUCGGAGAGGAUCAAUUUGGGGGAAACUGAGAUCGGCGCGUUUUCACAGAGGCCGAGGAACACGACGGAGCUGAGAGUGAGCACUGCGGUGGAGAAACCCGGCGUCGACGGAGAGGACGCCGAGGAAAUGGUCUCCGAUUUGAAUGACUCGGAGGCGGUUUUCGACGUGACGCUUAGGGGGAAUGUGGGAUUUCAUAUUGGAGGAAUUGACAUUGAUGGUGUUCCUGUAUUGAUUUCUUGCAAUCCACAGAAAACGGAAGUUGAUCAUGGAAAAAAGUCUCGGUGCAGUGCUAGGAUUUUCCCUCUCUAAGGAGAGGAAAGAAAUAGAAUUUGUUGUGUUGUGAUUUGAGUGGAUUUUGUAUCUUCAUUUUUUUUCUUCGGAAGGUUGUGAUGGAAUGUAGAGACUACUUCAAAGUGUGUAUGAUUUGAAGGUUUUGCUUUGAGGUUUUUCCGAUGGUGAAAAAAACUCUCUUGAAGAUUUUCUCUUCUUUUGAGUUUUUUAAAGCCAGAAGAGUGAUGGGAGAGCGUA